GCAAGAGAUUCAACCAACGUGUCUUGUCCGAUGCCCAGAUAUCGGUCAUGUAAAAAAAUAAAUUGUCAUCAGCAUCUGUUAUUUAUUUUAUUUCUUUCUUUUCCUCAUCAUCUUUUCUUUCUUGUCAGCAGCGCAUUUUUGUUCUUAUCAUCAUUUGCUCUUUAUUCCUAUCGCACUCCUUUUAUUCAUCAACACACUCCUUCUACAUAUCACACUGAUCCAUCGCUCAUUUAUCCCCAUCGACACUCACCCACCAUGAUAUUACAUCACUACACGCUCCUUACUAUGCUUUUUUAUAUCAGUAGCGCUAUAGCAAUGCCUUUCCGAAAAAGAGCCGACGUACCUUCACAUUCAUCAGACGUCACGUAUAAUGCUCAAGCUGGAAAUACAGUGGGUAGUUCGCCAACAACGGGUGCUGGAAUUGGCAUCGGAGUCGCGUUCGGAAUUAUGGGACUCGUCGCAUUAUGCCUCCAGCUUUACCGACGGCAGCAGCGGAAAAAACGUCAAGCUUGGCUGGCGGAUCUUCAAUCUCCCGUCACAUUUUAUCGGCCAAACUCUGAAAGCUAUCAAGUUUUCAUCGCUGUCAGUGCGUACGAACCAUCUUUAAGCGACGAGGUUCCCAUUCGUGUGGGUGAUAGAAUUCAUAUACACGGCUACUACGAUGAAGAAUGGGCUUAUGGACAAAAUGAAACAUUGGCAGUGCAUGGUAUUUACAAUCACAGCGUCAUGACAAACAGCAACCCGAAAACUGACGUAACCUUUCUUCGUAUCUAGGUAUCUUCCCUCGAUCCUGUGUACGAUCAAUUAGGGCAUCAAAGCUUUCAGUACACCCCGAAAUAGCGUCACCACCCACGGCUGCGACUAGAAAUGAGAAGAUAUUGCCCGCUACGCCAUCUAUCUAGAAACAUGUCUAAGUAAAUUAGAACUUAGUUAUAUAUACCCCAGCACGCUGUUUGCUUCUUUAUACUGCACAAACAAUUAAUACGAGAAUGAAAUGUCAGGUGUAAAAGCAUUCACGCUGUUUCUCAUUGUUAAUUUUUUUUUUUGAUUUUGAUACGGGAGGAUAAGGUGCAAAGUCGCUUGUCGACUGGAGCUCACACGCCUACCUUUCCUUAUUUGACAUGAUAUUUUCCCCCUUUCGUUGUGGUCUCUCUUC